CCAUAGGCUUGAGAGAGAAUUCGAGCAAAGCCUUAAGCUAGCAAGCUAGAGAAGCAAUGAUUGGUGUCUCCCUCCCUUGAUCCCCACACACUUGAGCUUGGGAUUGGAGGACUGUUGAGCAUUGAAGGCACAAAAAAGAAUGGAAAACUGGAGGAUCCAUGAAAGUGUUGGCCUUGGCACCACCACCACCACCACCAUCCCCCACAUACUUUCUUUUUCCUUCACAUGAAUAAAAUAAUUCUAAUCUAGACCCAGUUAGGAGGGAGUCAUUGUCAUCCUUGUUCGCACAUUACCCCAAUAGCAUUACCCUACCUGUCACAAGAGGGUUGUAUGGCAGACCCCAACCCACCCAUGUUACAACUUCCUCUAAUCUGUCCCCACUUUCUAAUUUAUAAGCCUCACACCCCCUUCCCAAACCCUCCUUAAGUCCAUCUUCUUAAUCUUCAAUUCUUUUCCUCUUUCUCAUCACCUCUAUUGUCAUCUUCUACUCCAUACACAAUGUGCUCCUCUAAAUCAAGGCCGCACCAAGGUUCUAACAUUUCUGCAACUAUUGCUAAAAUUAAUGGCCGCCCUGUUCUUCAGCCAAAAUCCAACCAAGUUCUUAGCUUGGAGAGACGCAAUUCACUUAAAAAGAAUUCCCCAAAAUCUCCUACUCUGGAACCACUGCCAACUGCUAAGCCUUCUUUGUCCCCUCCAUUCUCUCCCAAGCUGAAAUCGCCUAGACCACUGGCGCUUAAGAGAGGAGGGAAUGACCCUAAUGGCUUGAAUUUCAUCGGGGAGAAGUUUUUGACGCCAAGAAAUACAACCAAAGUGUCAAGUAUAGUGAACAAGUCCAAGAAAUCCAUCACUUCUGCACCUCCUCUUCAAUCCACUGUCAUCAAGUAUUCUUCUACUUUGCUUGUUGAUUCUCCCGGCAGCAUAGCAGCUGCAAGGAGGGAGCAAGUUGCUAUUAUGCAACAACAAAGGAAACUGCGAAUUGCUCAUUAUGGAAGAGUGAAGUCUUCUAAGCAAGAAGGCAAGGUUGCGCCUAUUGAUUCAACAACUACUAAUGCUACUAUUGCUCGAGAAGAAAGGAGAUGUACCUUUAUCACUCCAAGUUCAGAUCCUAUCUAUGUGGCUUACCAUGAUGAAGAAUGGGGAGUUCCUGUUCAUGAUGAUAAGCUGUUGUUUGAAUUGCUAGUAUUGACAGGAGCACAAGUAGGAUCAGAUUGGACUUCACUCUUGAAGAAACGGCAAGCAUUCAGGGAUGCCUUUUCUGGGUUUGAUGCCCAAGUUGUUGCCAAAUUCAAUGAGAACAAAAUAAUCUCCAUCUGUGCUGCGUAUGGCAUAGACAUAAGCCAAGUUCGAGGGAUUGUUGACAACUCUAACAGAAUUCUCCAGGUUAAGAGGGAAUUUGGAUCAUUUGACAAGUACUUGUGGGGAUUUGUGAAUCACAAGUCAAUCACUACCCAAUACAAGUCAUGCAACAAGAUCCCAGUGAAGACCUCAAAAUCAGAAACUAUAAGCAAAGACAUGGUGAAGAAAGGAUUUAGAUUUGUUGGUCCAACUGUAAUACACUCGUUCAUGCAAGCUGCUGGCCUCAGUAAUGACCACCUGAUCACUUGUCCAAGACACCUUCAAAUUCAAUGCCUUGAAUCGGCAUCUCACCACCAUCACCAGAAUCCAACUUCAGCCUCCUCUUUAUAGGAUCACCCACGAAGAAAAAAGAGUUGAUUAACCCCAAAAGUACAAAAGUAUAAUAAGUGUGACCAAAAAGAAACAUAUCUUGUUGAAUAUCUAACUACAGCUAUUAAUUAGUGGUGCCCUUUUGAGUUAAUGGUGUGUGAUAAGACUUUUUGAAGGCCGAAUUGGGAUGAGAUCAUUGUGGAGAAGAAAAAUUGAAUUGGGUCAAUGAGUGUAGGGGCACAAGGAACGGGCAGCAUGUGCAGGCGUGUAGAGGGCAAAGCCAAAGUUAUGGUUUUCAAUUUUGUGACCACCGCCCUCAAUUAUACACUUCCUGCUUUUGAACUGGCUGUGAAAGGAUACAAUCAGUGAUAGUUUUGGGCCAGAAUUACUAGAUAUUCCCUACUUUUACCUGGAUAUUUGGAUCGGAUAAGAGCUGGAAUUUGCUGUUUCUGCUUUCUCUCCUCAGGGCAAUAGCCUUUUAUGCUAAAAAAGUCGCACAAUCUUGAUUCCUUUGAGGCUAUGUAGCGUACCAUUGAAGUUCGACCUCAAUUUUCUAAAGAAAUCUUCCCAUUUCAAGGUCUUUGUACUACUUUCAUUUAUUAUUUCUAACCUGUAGGGAAUACAAAGUUGAUUUGUGUGUAUUAUGAAUUAAGAGUUAAGUUUGAGUUUUGCUUUUUCUCUA